AUGGUGGCUCCACUGUUAGGCCUGACCUUUCUAUUCCUGUGCAGCCGCCUCGUCACCACAGACACCGAGGUGGUGAAGAUCAAUCACAAAGGAGAGGUGGUGUAUAAAGACAGCAGUGUGUAUGGGGUUGUGGGUAAAGCUGUGAUCCUGGAGUGUGGAACCACGUUACCAGACCUGUACAUAUGGAGCUUCACCAAACCCGGCACAGACGCCAUCAAAGCUGUGGUUUACGAUCUGGGCAAAGGUCCGAGGAUCCAGAAACUGGCCCAGACGCUGGGUCAGCUGUCAAUCAUCUCAAAGAGUGCGGCUGUGAGCAUCGAGAAGCUGCCGCUGUCUGCACACGGCCUGUUCACCUGUCAGGCCUUCUAUGAUAUAGAGAACGAGCCCGUCGUCUACUACUACUAUGUGCACCUCACUGUCAGAGUUCCCGUCAGUAAACCUUACCUCCUGAUGAGUGACGCGUCUCCAGUGGAAGGAUCUACGAUGUGGAUGCGCUGUAACCUGGACAACGGGACCGGGCCGAUCCAGUAUGUGUGGCAGCAUGAAACUCACAGAGGCAAUGUUUCAACCGUUGCCCAGGGAAACAGCAGCGUGAUCAACGUCACCAACGUCAACCGCAACCACACGGGCUGGUACCGCUGUGCUGUCACCAACCCCGUCAACAGUGAGACCUCCAACCGCUUAUGGCUGGACACCAUCUACGGUCCAGACCUUCCUCAGAUCGACGUGACUCCGUACAGCCUGACAGAGCGAGGAUACUCCGCUCUGGAGAGAGAGACGGUCUCUUUACAGUGUCAGGCUCAGUCAAACCCGGUCAGUCAGUACGUCUGGUUCUACAACAACUCACAGGUCUACACUGGGCCUCAGUUCACCAUCACCAAAAUCCUCCGCAUGCACACUGGAGACUACGCCUGCUUGGCACAGAACACGUACCUGAACACCCGCUCCAGAAAAACCAUCAGCCUGACUGUCUACUACCCACCUGACGGAUCCCCGUCGUGCUCUGUGGAGCCCGCUCUGAAUCACACGUCAGUGAGGCUGCUCUGCUCCUGGCCCGGCGGCCUCCCCUCAGCCUCCCUCCACUGGACUGGAGACCUGAAACCAGUGGAUCCAGAAGAGUCCGAGUCAGGGGAGCAAAAACCUCCAGCGUCCAACACGGCCAUCUUUCUGCCACCUGAAGGCUUGACCUCAGGUGGCAGCGUGUAUUCAUGCAGAGGCUCACAUCCAGCUCUGAGACAAGAGACAGAAUGCAGCACACGCACAUAUGUUCCCCCUGCAGAGCCGGUGUGUUUCGCCUAUGUGACGAACAACCGUCAAUAUUUGAUGCUCUCCUGCUCCUGGGAUGGAGGGGCCCCUAAAGCCUUGGUGUGGUGGGAGGGCCCAGGAGGUCAAGGCAAAGGCGGAGAGGAAACCUCCAACGUUCUGAUCCUACGCUACGGCUCUGCUCGCAGUGGGAAACCUUACACCUGCCACGCUAAACAUCCUCUGCUGCAACAAAUUAAGACCUGCAAGCUCACACUGGAGGCCCCAGUGCUGCUCACACAACGCAGAGUAGUGUCCGUGUAUGAAGGGAGUGACGUCCAGCUCACCUGCAACCUGAGAGACAACUACCUACCUGUCACUGAAAUCACAUGGUUCAACAACCAGGGUGUGGGAAUCAGAGACACGUCCAAGUACAGACUGCUGCGAACGUCUGCGUGGGCCAAUCUGACGGUGAGAGACACGGACGAGACUCAGGACAGCGGAGAGUACAGGUGCACCACCUUCAACGCUGUGGGAGGGACUGAAAUCAACGUCACGUUACUGGUCAAGAAACAUCCCAUGCCCCCCAACGCCACCCUGAUCACCGCGAUGUACAACAGCCGGCAGCGGAACGAGGUGGAGCUGGAGUGGCAGGUGCAGGACGAGGAACACGGAGGAUGGACAGGUUUCAUCCUGGAGCACAAAUGGGUGUCGGAGCAACCGGGAAGGAGACGCAGCAACCACUCACAGGAGCCGACACUGGAGAGGAUCGCUCCGCCCCCGUGGUACCGGAACUUCAUCCAGGACCCAGAUGUCAGAGGUCACACGGUGGUGCAGCUCACACCCACCAUGACCUACCAGUUCCGAGUCACUCCUGUGAACCACCGCACCAUCGGACACCCGUCUGCAGCAAAGACUCCAGCGGAACCGAGCUCUAACAUGUAUCCUGCUGUGAUCGGAGCAGCCAUAGGUGGGAUGCUCUUUGCAGCUCUACUCACGGCGCUGCUGCUCGUAUUUAUCAUCCGCAACCGCAACAACAAUCCUCGGCUUCAUGACAUGCUGUUUGGCUCGCAGCACAGCCAGUCGAGAGAAAACAUCAACUUCCCAGAAGAUGAGAUGGUGCGAGGCUCAGGGGGAGGAAUGGAGGAGAUCGGUGGAUCUUCGAGCUCAGGUCCAUCCAUGGCUUUACCCCGGGCUGCCUCACCCCUCACAAUCUCCCCCAUGAGUGCCACCCCCUCCUCCUCCCCCUCCAGCCAUGCUCCUCCACCCGGAGACGACAACGAACCGGUCAACGUCACGAUCACGGUCAAGGCCACAGGCUCUUAGUGCUUUAUCAGACUCAAUACUUUGUAGAACCCUCCACACUUUGACGUUAACGACAGUAACAGUUACAAGUAUCACACC